GUCGGGUGGGGACGGGCGGCACCGGGAUGCGGGGAGGGGGGACGAGAAAACGUGUGGGACCUCAGGGAGCGCGGUGAAAGCUGCGGGGAUCCCGAAAGGAAGGGUCUGCGGGGGUCCCGGGCCAUGCCGGUGAAGCGGCAGCAGCGAGCUGCAGGCCCCGUGUCGGCAGAGGAUGAGCUGCUGCUGCUGCAGGGCCACGCGUUGGCCGAGGAGGAGGCAGCCAAGAGGAAGAUGGAGAUGCUCAGCCGCUUCCUGAAGGACAAGCUGGCCCAGGAGCAGCGCAGCGCUGCCCUGAACCUCCAUAAGCUCCACAGCCAAUGGCGUGCGGUGCUGCGUGAAGCCAAAGCCCAGGAGCUGCACCAGGACGUGGCCAUCCUCAGCCAGACCUUCGCGCGGGUGAUGGACAGCAAGGACGGCGUCAUCGAGUCCUUGGUGACGGACCUGGAGGAGGCAGAAGCUCAGCACAAGCGGGCGCUGAGCGGCCACCUGCAGAACGUGGAUCGUCUGCUGCAGCUCCAGCGCUGCCGCCUGCGCUGCAUGGAGGAGGGCUGCAGCGCGCAGCUGGAGGACCUGCAGGAGGAGUUUGAGGCUGAGAGGAGGAGCAUCUUGGAGCAGCACCAGCGAGAGCUCCGCUACCUGCAGGACGUGGCGGUGGCCGUGGAGCAGAACCACGCCAGGGAGGAGCACGAAGCCACGCUGAAUUUCCAGAGCACGAGGGAUGAGAUCAAGAAUAAGAGCCUGCAGGAGAAGCAGUACACCCGCCUGCAGCUGAGUGGGAAGCUGGAGGGGCUGUGGGAGCAGUUCCAGCAUGCCAUGCAAUGCUAUGCUGAGGCCACCGAGCACCGCAAGCUCAGCUUUGAGGCUCUGAAGGUGAAGGAUGAGAAGAGCUCCCAGGAGAUCGAGGUGCAGGAGAAGAAGCUGCAGAAGCUGCAGGAUGCAGUUUUGGCUGCCAAAGCCCGGCUGGCUGCUCACCUCCAUGAGUGCGAGGAGCAAAACCAACGCAUGCGGGAGCAGAAGGAGGCGGCCCUGGGGCAGCUGCAGCAGCUGAAGAGUGAGAUGAGCCGUGCCCAGGCCAAAGCCCACCGCAGCCUGGCUGAGCUCACGGCGCAGAGCGGCGCUGCCCUGAAAGCACUGGGGAAAAUCGUGGGGAAGGCUGAGCGCGUUCUGCGUCUGGCUGAGCUGUGCCGCAGGAUGGAGAGCGAGGAGGAGAAGGUGCUGCCCUUCUACCCGUCCUCGUUGGCAGAAGGAGAGCAGGACGAUGCCCAAAGGGUCCUCAGAGAGGCACCCACUGAGCCCCUGGCACAGACCGUGCAGGACUACGUGGGGCUGGAGCGCUUCUGGCAGCGCUUCAACAAAGUGAAGCUGGAGGAGCUGGCGGUGGGGCAGCAGAGGGCAGCCCUGACCCACAGCAACCGGCGGCUGCGGGCGCUGCUGCGGCGCUACCUGGACGGGCUGACGGUGAACCCCGACGUGAUGAGCAAACCCAACGCACUGCUGGAUGUCAGCAACAAGAGCUGCACCCCCAGAAACUGCCCGCAACGCAGCCGGGACGCCCCGCAGCCCCGCAGCCCCCCGGAACAACAAGGGGCUGCGGGUCCCAGCGUGGGGCUGGGGGCUGAAUGUCAGAGCCAGGAGGUGCCAUAAAGGAGCUCAGCUGCGCCCA